AUGUUGGAAAAGGCAGAAGCUGCGUUGGAGAAGUUUGAGGAGGGGUUUUACGAUGAGCUGUUGUUAAAGAAGUUGAAAAGGAAUAAAAAGAGCCUAAACGAAAAAGACAGGCUGGAGAAGGCUAGACUGGAGAAGAAGGAAGAGAAUCUGGAGGCUGAGAAGCAGAAAUCGAUAAGCGCACUUGCUUCUGCCAUAAUGCAUAACCCUUGUUAUGAAGAUAUAGAGAAUGACCUCUCAUUCUUGGAAACUUUAGAUGCCGAAGAAGCAACAACUAUCGAUAACAUUUUUAACAACUUCCAAGAUCAUGACCCUCCAAAUCCUGAUUGGAUAGAUGAGUCUGGUGGCCAAGAAAAUAGUAGGUUUGCUGACCAUUAUCUUACGUAUCAACAAUUUGCACAAUACUGCAGACGUGCCCAACCUGACUUUACAACAAGCUGGGCAUUCAAGGAUAAAUCGGGCUGGGAAAAUUCUUGUAUAAAAAAAGUGAUUGCUCAAUGUUAUCAUUAUUCCACAAAUUUCUUCAAUGGCGAUGAGAAUAAUCUAACUCGCAAAUAUAUCUCUAUCAUAACUGACUCAAGGCAAUACAGAUUGUGGACACUCUAA